AUGUCGGUAAGAAAUCGUACGGCACCCGGUCCCGACAGAAUAAGACCAGAACCUGAAGAGCCUUCCGCCAGUACUCAUCAACACCCUGGCGAGGCUCUUUACACGUUAUCUGUCGGAAUGCAAGGACAGCCAUGCGAGCAAGCAGGGUUUCGAAAAGGAUUCAGCACGAUUGACCACAUUCACACUGUUUCGAAACUCAUCGAGGUAUCACGAGAGUACAAGAUGCCGCUCUGUCUCACCUUCAUCGACUUGAAGAAGGCCUUCGACUUAGUUGAGACGGAAGCGGUAGGGGAAGCCUUGGACAACAAAGGCGUCCCUACUCAGUACAUAAAGGGUGAUACAAUCUCACCCAAAAUAUUCACAGCCACCCUCGAGAACGCAAUGCGAAAGUUGGAAUGGGACGACACGGGAGUGAAGGUUGAUGGUCGGCAGCUACACCAUUUGCGCUUUGCUGAUGAAAUCGUACUGAUAACACCUAGCAUCAGCCAAGUGGAACGAAUGCUGACCGAAUUCGACGAAACAUGUGGAUGCAUCGGUCUUCAGCUGAAUCUAGACAAGACGAUGUUCAUGCGCAACGGAUGGGUCUCGGAUGCCCCAUUUACGCUCAACGGAACGAACAUAUCCGAAUGCACCAGCUACGUUUAUCUGGGUCGGGAAUUGAACAUGAUGAACGACCUGACCCCCGAGCUGGGCAGGAAGGAAAACGCGGUGAGCGUCAUUGAACGCGCAAUUGAGAGAGUGAUGCUAGGAGUAUCCCGUUUCACGCAAAUGAGGGGCGGGAUUCGAAGUUCUCUCUUACGUCAACGAUCGAAGAUUAGAGACGCCGCCGCGUUAGCCAAGGAGAGUAAAAUAAGGAGGGCCGGACACGAUGCAAUGCGCUUUAACGAUAACCGCUGGACCAGAGCCGUGAUCGACUGGGUUCCCCGCAAUAUUAAGCGCACUACAGGAAGACCGCCGACCCGAUAG